AUGGUGGCCCUGAGCGUGAUCCUGGUGGUUUUGUUAAGUUUCAUAAUCCUGAAUGUAUAUCUCUUCAGAAUAAAAGUGAAGCACUUAAUCAAAGUAUCUUUUUUUUUCAAUCCAGGAAACCUUCAAAAAGAACUUGGGUGGAAAAGAGCUGUGAUCUGUCCAGGGCUGGGACAAACUGCACCGCCUCUGGAAAAAGAGGACGUGACUCUGGAUCCAGACACGGCUCAUCCCAAGCUCAUCCUGUCUGAGGAUGGGAAAAGUGUGAGAUGGACACACACACGUCAGGAUCUGCCCAACAAUCCUGAGAGAUUUGACACUGAGCGCUGUGUGCUGGGCCGUGAGGGAUUCACCUCCGGGAGACACUGGUGGGAGGUGGAGGUGGGGGAGGGAGGAUGGUGGGCCAUGGGGGUGGCCAGAGAGUCUGUGAGGAGGAAGGGAUGGAUCAGCUUUAGCCCCAAGGAGGGGGUCUGGGCUGUGCGGUGCUAUUGGGGUCAGUACGUGGCUCUCACUGCCCCUCACCGUACCCGCCUGCCCCUAGACUGGGCGCCCAGCAGGGUGGGGGUGUAUCUGGACUGCACAUUGGGGCAGGUGUCGUUUCUCAAUGCUGACACCGGGGCCCCGAUCUUCACUUUCUCGCCGGCCUCGUUUGCGGGGGGCAGGAUCCGGCCCUGGUUCCUGGUGGAGGUUGGUGAAAUCAGGCUCAGACGGUGCCAGUGAGAGGGAAAGGAAACGUGCAAGACAGGACCUGCUCGUUGUCCCCUCCGGCCUCAGUCGUGCUUGUGUCUGUGACCCUGGAGGACCUCUCCCAGCAGACGAUCAGCUGUGCCGUGUCCGUGGCCCUGGACGCGCAGGCUGGGUUUCUUCAUCCCCCAACGUGGCCGAGCUGGACGGUCGUCUCUGCCCGUGUGUCGUUUCCUGCAUGACCGAGGGGCCCUCGGGGGC